GUGAAUUCUUACUAUAUUGAAGUGAAGUGAAGUGUCCACCGUUUAUAGUUUAUUUAACGACGUUUAUCAGCAGCUUAGACUAUACAGCGUCGAGAUACCGGUGUUAUAAGUAAAGUUGAUCGGUUCUGUGUAAAGAAUUGUUGGUUUAAGUGUACUGGGCCCGUGUUAUAUCUAAUAACGUAAUCUCGCCUGUUGUUCUGCGUGGGUAAAACUUAUUCUCAAGCUGAGCCGGUAAUGAGACCAGUGACGGCGCAGAGUAACCCCAAUUUCCUUCAUGCUGGUGGUGAGGAUGGAUUCCAGUGUACAAAACUGAAAGAGUUCUGGAACUGAAAUUCUAGAAUGCUCGGAGUACUAAAGGAACUGAAGUCCCGGGUACAAGUUAGCCGUGGUUCGCAGGAUCGCGUGUCUGUGGACACGGUCGUUUCUGCACUGCACCAUCGCGUAACGUCCGCCAUAUUGCUCGUAUGCUGCACUCUGGUGUCCAGUCGCCAGUACUUCGGGGACCCUAUCCUCUGCAUACAAAGCGGUCCGGGUGACGAUCCAACCAUCCCUACGCAUGUGCUCAACACUUACUGCUUCGUGAGCAGCAGUUACACCGUCGUGGGUCACUCAGGUGAGACCUGGCAGGGACACGGCUCUGCAGAGCGACGCCACGCUUACUACCAGUGGGUGCCCUUCGUAUUAUUCGUUCAGGCCCUACUCUUCGCGUCGCCACACGCAGCUUGGCGUAACUGGGAAGGAGGUCUGGUGCGUGGGUCUCUAACAGGGCUCAGGGACGAUGUCCGUGGACCUGGAAGGGACAAGUUACGAACUCUAGCUCGCUAUUUCACUGCCAGACUCCACACGUUCCGUAUCUGGGCCACAGGCUUCUACGUGUGUCAACUGCUAAAUCUGCUGAACGUUGUCGCCAACGUCUUCCUCACUGACCAAAUUCUGGGUGGUAACUUCUAUCAUUAUGGACUGAAGAUGAGUCAGUACGGCCUUGAGAUACUGGAGACGUCGCCUGCUGAGACAGUUUUCCCAAAGGUGACCAAGUGCAUGUUUCGGAAAUACGGUCCGUCGGGGACGAUCCAGAAUCACGAUGCGCUCUGCGUCAUGGCGUUAAACGUCGUCAACGAGAAGAUCUUCAUGGCGCUGUGGCUCUGGUUCGCGUUUUUGGCUCUGGUGUCAGCCCUGUCUCUGCUGUGGCGACUGACGAUACUGGGACUUCUGGCCUGCACGUCUGUACAUAGCCGUAGCUUCGUGUCCGUUUGGGCGCAGAGGGUUCUUGGGGCGCCCGUCACCCUGGAACCCACGUACCUCUCACCGGUGACGCAGAGUCUAGAUUGCGGGGACUGGUUGUUCCUUCAGUUGCUGGCCGCCAAUAUGGGGUCGAGGGUUUACAGAGACUUUAUGGAGCAACUGGUACAGGCUAUGGAGCAAGUGAGGCCUUCCGAUUUGCGGCCAAUUUGGAACAGCUGACAAAACAGCGUGUAGUUAAAUGUGGUUUCUUCUUGAAGCUUUCGCCAUGUGCGCAGGGCAGAACGAAUUACGGCUUUAGGUGGGUGAACUCUUCUAUCAACACUGCGUAUCUACCAGUAAGUUACAAAGCAGUUGUCUUCGUUACGUACUAAACAAGAAAUCAUGAAUGUAAUGUUUGCAGAAACACCGACAAAAUU